AUGUCGAUGUUCACUCAAGAAGCCAACAUAUCAGAUUUAUGGAGACUCGAUGUCUUGGGCAUCACGGAUCCUAUUGAGAGUGUUACUAAAGAGGCACGUCAAGCUGAAAUAAAGACCUCAUUUCAAGAGACAACGAAAAUCGACAACGAAGGUCGAUACGAAGUUCUUCUGCCGUGGAAAGAGAAUCAUCCAUCUCUACGAGAUAAUCGAGACGUAGCCGAGAAGAGACUAAAAGGCGUUACAAAGAGGUUGCGACAAGAAGAUUUAUUCGACGACUACCAGGCUGUCUUUGAUAAUUGGCUCGAAGAAGUGAUUAUUGAAAGGGUACCUGUACUUGAAGUCGACCAAGAGAACUACUAUCUUCCACACAGACCUGUAGUCAAGAAAGAAAAAACUAUGAAGAUACGCCCUGUUUUCGAUUCGUCAGCAAAAGUCAAGGAAUCGCCUUCGCUUAACCAAUGCUUGGAGACUGGACCCAAUCUUAUAGAGUUUAUUCCAGCAUUGCUACCUCGAUCUCGAAAGAGGAAGAUAGGAGUAACAGCUGAUAUCGCGAAAGCCUUCUUACAAAUCAGCGUCUCUCCGUAG